AAGCGCCCGCGCCGAGCCAGACUGCACCGUGCCAAGAGUGAGCGGUUCUCCGGGGUUUGUGCAGGGGGGCCACUGGUGGGAUUUUUGCGCGACAGCUAGUUCGGAUCGGGUUCCUGCGCCGCAAACAUGGUGAUCGAGGAGGUCGUGGCCUUGGACAGCUCCGGCCUGGCCCGGCUGCUGCGGGACCCCCAGGAGAGCGGCCGGACGCUGGUGCUGGACUGCCGGCCUUUCCUGUCCUACUGCCAGACGCACCUGCUGGACUCUAGGCCCGUGCACUGGAACGGACUACUCCGGCGCCGGUCCCGCGGCAGGAGCGGCGUCAGCUUGGAUUGGCUGGUGCCGGAUCGGGCGCUGCUGGGCCGGCUGCGCAAGGGCGAGCUGAGCCACCUGGUGGUGCUGGACGAAGCCAGCGGCUCGGUGGCGGCGCUGCGGCCGGACAGCCUGGCCAGGCUGCUGCUCAACGCCCUGCUCCUGGAGGGGCGAGCCGGGACCUCCCACAUCUAUCUACUCCAAGGUGGAUUUGAGAAUUUCCAAGCUAAUUUUCCCGAACUGUGCUUGACAUCGCCAACACCUCCUACAUCGCCUCCUUCCCCAGCUCUCAGAAGCCCUGAAGACAACAGCACAGAAGCAAUUACCCCAUUGUAUGACCAGGGUGGGCCGGUGGAGAUUCUGCCGUUCCUCUACCUGGGCAGCUGCUAUCACUCCUCCAACCGGGAGGUUCUGGAGUCCCUGGGAAUCACUGCUGUGCUCAACGUCUCCUCCAGCUGCCCCAACUACUUUGAAGGACAGUUUCUGUACAAGAGCAUCCCAGUGGAAGACAACCACAUGGCGGAAAUCAGCGUCUGGUUCCAGGAAGCCAUCAACUUCAUCGAUUCAGUGAAGAAUGGCGGUGGACGGGUGCUGGUCCACUGUCAAGCAGGCAUCUCUCGUUCAGCCACCAUUUGCCUUGCCUACUUGAUCCAGAGCCGCCGGGUGCGUCUGGAAGAGGCUUUUGACUUUGUCAAGCAGCGCCGCGGGGUCAUCUCGCCCAACUUCGGCUUCAUGGGGCAGCUGCUGCAGUUUGAGACGGAGGUGCUGUGCCAUUAGCCCCUCUGCGCCACAGAGCCAGUCGGGAGGACCGGGCGGCCUGUCUCCCAUGGACAAAGACCCUGAAAAUGUGUGUUUCUGUUUACAUCUCCGAUGGGGUGCUGUAACAAAAGACAAUAUUGUGGUUUUGUUUGUUUUCUAUUGCACUAAAUCAAGACGGCAAGUCCCUACAAGGAAAGGGAAGCCUUCUGCAGCCCGUUCAGACUUUUCUCAUCCUUUGCUGUUUUGAAAUUGCUCUGCCCUGGUAGCUUAAUAUCACGAUUAUAAAAGCAAAGUAACUAAUAAGCUAGAAGUGAAGAAAAGAGGGUGGGUUCAACAGCCUGUUGGGAAGGUGUCCAGUCCUGUUGUUGGGGAAGAACUGUAAGGCCAGAUCUCUCCACAGGAUGCAUUUCUUUUAUCUUCUCCAAUACAGCCCGAAGCUGGUGCUUGCUGGUGCAUUGCAUCAGCUGUCUAGAUAAUUGCUGUGGCCAUCACCACCCCCACCCCAAAAUCCUUGCAGCUUAAUGCUGUGGUAUGCUAGUUAUAUGCUAGUAAUGGUAAAGCCUCUGCUUCAGACUCCUGAUAGUUUUGUAGGACUUUUUUUUGGGGGGGGGGAUUAAAGCUGCUUGGUGGGAAGUAAUAACUGAUAUUUGUAAUAUGAUUAUAAUGGUUUAACCCAACCUUGGCCAACCUGGUAUGCUACAGAUGUUUUUGACUACUCCAAAACAGGGCACCAGAUUGGCCAAGGGUGGGUUAACUCCAUGUAUCUUUUGCGUUAUUCUGACCACAGUGAAGUACAAGAUGUGAACGAGCCAAGAAAAGGCUCAUUGUUUCAUAGCUUUUGCCUGUCUAUCCUUCCUCCAUGGAGCUGAGAGAGAGGUUAGGCUGAGAGUGACUGGCACAAGGUCACCCUAGAAGCUCCAUGACUGAAUUGGGCCUUGUGAACCCAAGUCUUCAGUGCUCAAGAGUCCAACACUCUGCCACUGCAUCUGGUGGAUUGAGACUCACUGCUGGGUUGCAGCUUGAUGUAAGGUGGGUCACAGCAGUGGGAGUGCCACCAUGCAAAACAAGCAUGUCCCAGGGCUGAAAAGGUUGAAGACUCCUGCUUAUAUGAAGUCAUGUGGAAUAGACAUUGAGUGACCUUACAGUUCCAUGGCUAAGGUACUCCAGCUUCCCGAGUACUUUUGGCUUCUUGGCCAGCUAGCUAUUUGCAGUAAUUGGUAGCACGCUUCCCCAUUUGAAUUUGUUUCACUCUGCUUUUUGGCAUAAAAAUGGAAGUGGUCCCACUGAAGCUUUAAAGAUUGAGCAAUACAAGAAGAAAUAGGUCCUUUAAAAAAAAGAAGCUUGGUUAACCAUCUUUCUCUGACCAGCCUCAAGUCAACUGCAGACCAGAGUUAAAAUCUUCAUUGUCCAACUGGUAUAAUCUGAUUGCCUCUGGCCUCCAGCCUUACUCAGGUCAGCUAAAGACCAUCAAGUUUCAUCUGUAAUUGAUGAAGCAUCGCUCAUAUAUGCUGUGAAACUGAGAGUUUGUUUGCUAGGGUGAGAGUUGGCUUCCCUAUUCCCUAACUGAGGCAGGAGAAUCCAUUGCCAACUGUACAGCCGUUCCCCCGUAGAGGAAUCACGGGCAAGUAUCCUGCCUUCUGGUACAGGAGUGGGGUGGGGAUCUCCUCUUCUGAAUGCACUGAGAAUGGACAACACCCACUGCAGCCAAAGAACCCCCCCAGUCCUUUUCUUCCCCUGGGUGUUGUCUUAGACCACAGUGGUGCAACUCACUGGGCAAUCCAUCCUGUGCACCUCCCACUCAUUUCAAUGAGGCUUGCACAGGAGACCUUCCUAGGGGAUUGUGCCCAAGGUCAUCUUUGUGUCCCCUCCCCACUCCAGCCCCCCCCAAAGCAACAAGCAACAUACAGUUUGUACAUUUGUGCUAUUAGAAGCACCUCUUUCUUGACUGACAUUGAUCAUAAAUGUCUUUUGCACUUUAUAUUUAUUAUUACCUGUUGCAAUAAAUAAACAAUUUUUAUAUG